AUGACCGGAGGAAAGUCUGGAGGCAAGGCCAGCGGCAGCAAGAACGCCCAAUCCCGCUCGUCCAAGGCCGGUCUUGCAUUCCCUGUUGGUCGUGUUCACCGUCUUCUCCGCAAGGGCAACUACGCUCAGCGUGUCGGUGCUGGUGCCCCUGUUUACCUUGCCGCCGUUCUUGAAUAUCUCGCCGCCGAAAUUCUUGAAUUGGCAGGCAACGCUGCCCGUGACAACAAGAAGACCCGUAUUAUUCCCCGCCAUCUCCAGCUUGCCAUCAGAAACGAUGAGGAGUUGAACAAGCUUCUGGGCCACGUCACCAUUGCUCAGGGUGGUGUCCUUCCCAACAUUCACCAGAACCUUUUGCCCAAGAAGACCCCUAAGAGUGGCAAGGGCUCGGGUAGCCAGGAGCUGUGA